GAGACUUCCCUCUAGAAUCCUCCAACAUGGAGCCUCUUGCAGCUUACCCGCUAAAAUGUUCCGGGCCCAGAGCAAAGGUAUUUGCAGUUUUGCUGUCUAUGGUUCUAUGCACAGUAACGCUAUUUCUUCUACAACUAAAAUUCCUCAAACCUAAAAUCAACAGCUUUUAUGCCUUUGAAGUGAAGGAUGCAAAAGGAAGAACCGUUUCUCUGGAAAAGUAUAAAGGCAAAGUUUCACUAGUUGUAAACGUGGCCAGUGACUGCCAACUCACAGACAGAAAUUACUUAGGGCUGAAGGAACUGCACAAAGAGUUUGGACCAUCCCACUUCAGCGUGUUGGCUUUUCCCUGCAAUCAGUUUGGAGAAUCGGAGCCCCGCCCAAGCAAGGAAGUAGAAUCUUUUGCAAGAAAAAACUACGGAGUAACAUUCCCCAUCUUCCACAAGAUUAAGAUUCUAGGAUCUGAAGGAGAACCUGCAUUUAGAUUUCUUGUUGAUUCUUCAAAGAAGGAACCAAGGUGGAAUUUUUGGAAGUAUCUUGUCAACCCUGAGGGUCAAGUUGUGAAGUUCUGGAGGCCAGAGGAGCCCAUUGAAGUCAUCAGGCCUGACAUAGCAGCUCUGGUUAGACAAGUGAUCAUAAAAAAGAAAGAGGAUCUAUGAGAAUGCCAUUGCGUUUCUAAUAGAACAGAGAAAUGUCUCCAUGAGGGUUUGGUCUCAUUUUAAACAUUUUUUUUUUGGAGACAGUGUCUCACUCUGUCACCCAGGCUGGAGUGCAGUGGUGCGUUCUCAGCUCAUUGCAACCUCUGCCUUUUUAAACAUGCUAUUAAAUGUGGCAAUGAAGGAUUUUUUUUUAAUGUUAUCUUGCUAUUAAGUGGUAAUGAAUGUUCCCAGGAUGAGGAUGUUACCCAAAGCAAAAAUCAAGAGUAGCCAAAGAAUCAACAUGAAAUAUAUUAACUACUUCCUCUGACCAUACUAAAGAAUUCAGAAUACACAGUGACCAAUGUGCCUCAAUAUCUUAUUGUUCAACUUGACAUUUUCUAGGACUGUACUUGAUGAAAAUGCCAACACACUAGACCACUCUUUGGAUUCAAGAGCACUGUGUAUGACUGAAAUUUCUGGAAUAACUGUAAAUGGUUAUGUUAAUGGAAUAAAACACAAAUGUUGAAAAAUGUAAAAUAUAUAUACAUAGAUUCAAAUCCUUAUAUAUGUGUGCUUGUUUUGUGUACAGGAUUUUGUUUUUUCUUUUUAAGUACAGGUUCCUAGUGUUUUACUAUAACUGUCACUACGUAUGUAACUGACAUAUAUAAAUAGUCAUUUAUAAAUGACCGUAUUAUAACAUUUGAAAAAGUCUUCAUCAUUUUCAGUAUUUCUCUCUGCAUUAUUUUUUAGAAGCA